AUGUACCCUUUAUGUGAAGUGCAACAUGGCAGCAAAAUAUUAAUGACAUUUUCGGAUGUAGGGAAGAAACCUCCAACGUUUAAUGAUGCUUCAGAGGUUGCUAACCAAAUUAUGAAUUGUGGGUUUGAUUUUGAGCGUGGAUCAGUUUACUAUAAUGUUUACAAAUCUGUUGUGUCCUACAAGACCACCACUCUCCCCAUCCACUCCAUGUCUGCUGUCACCAAGGCUAAGAACAUGGGCAUGUACGACAGUGUGGAUGACGAGCUUCUGAGGUCUUACAGUGAGUUCCAGUUUGCAAGCCUCAUAUACUAUGCCAUGAAGGAGGCUGCCACCAGUGAACAGAGCUCUAGGAUGACUGCUAUGGACGGUGCCAGCAAAAACGCCGGUGAGAUGAUAGACAAGUUAACCCUGACCUACAAUAGAACCAGACAGGCCGUCAUCACCAGAGAGCUCAUAGAAAUCAUCUCAGGAGCUGCUGCUGUAUAAAAUUAAAGCCAAUUAGGAAACCUAGGGAUAUAUCUACAAAUUGUAAAUUGAUCUUAAGCAAGUAUUGUCAUUAUUAUUAUCUAGAUUUCAUCGUCUUGGGGACAUUCGACUCAAAAAGAUGGUUUUCCAGAGGGGUGGAAAUAUUGAUGAUUUUUUUCCCAGUGUGUGCACACGUUUUGAUCUUUGUUACAGCAGUUCCCAUAGGUGGGAUGCUCUCAACGGAUUGGAAUAGAAGAAUAGACUUUUUGGUGCCUGGCACGUUUAAUGUUGAAAAGACUUGUGAAUAUAAAAGAACCAGUAGAAGAGAAAUGGAACAGAUUUCAAUUAUGCAUUUUAGUGGCGGUUUGUUUCACUGUGGUAUGGGAGUUGAUACAGAUUGAAGUUCUUUCAGACUUGAUGGCAUCACUAUCAAGGGUCGUAGGAUUUUUUUGAAAUAAAGCCAAUUCUCUUGACCAAUA